UUACGCAUUUCCGGAAGACAGCUUUUCUUCUUCCGGCACGCGUAAACAUGGCGCCCCCCACCCCGCUCUUAGCAGUGCGUGGAUCAGACGGUACGUCUCUGCUCGGUGGUCCUCCGUCAUGUGAGCAGCUGUCGGCCUCCCGGAGGGACUCGCGGCCCAGCAGGUGUAUGACCUUCAGCAGAGACGGGACGCUGUUCGGGUGGUGCAACGGACACAAUGUCUCUGUGGUGAAGUCUUCAGACGGCUCCAUUGUGUCGACCUUUGACCUCCCGAAGACGUCUCUGCUGGACUUUUCUCCUCUCAACAGCGUUCUGGUCACCUGGCAACCGUACAGCAAGACUCAGGACAGUCCUCAGGGUGAAGCUAACCUCCAGCUGUGGGACCUACAGAGCAGUCAGCUGAUCAAAGCUCUGUAUCAGAAGAAGGUCGACUCCUGGUGUCCCAGUUGGUCUGAAGAUGAGAAGAUCUCUGUCAGGAGCGUCAACAACGAGCUGCACUUCUACGAGAACAACGACUUCAACAAAAUCGCCAACAAGCUCCACAUGCAGAAAGUGUCGGACUUCGUGUUGUCACCUGGAGGUCAGCCCAGCAAGGUUGUCGUCUAUGUGCCAGGCAGUAAAGGAGCCCCUUCGUUCGUCCGGCUGUACCAGUACCCGGUGCUGGGAGGACCCACUGCUGCGCUGGCCAACAAGAGCUUCUUCAAGGCUGACAGGGUCUCCAUGCAGUGGAACAAGAAAGCCUCCGCGGUUCUGGUGACGGCGAGUACCGAGGUGGAUAAAACUGGAGCUUCGUAUUAUGGAGAGCAGACGCUGCAUUACCUGGCUGUCAAUGGAGAGACGGCUCUGGUUCAGCUGCCGAAGAACGGUCCAAUCUACGACGUGGCGUGGAGUCCCAACUCUGCGGAGUUCUGCGUGGUCUACGGCUUCAUGCCGGCCAAAGCGACGGUCUUCAACCUCAAAUGUGACCCGGUGUUCGACUUUGGAACUGGACCACGAAACGCUGCCUACUACAGUCCUCAGGGUCAUAUCCUGGUCCUGGCCGGUUUCGGGAACCUGCGGGGUCAGAUGGAGGUCUGGGAUGUGAAGAAAUACAAACAGGUGUCCAAACCUCAGGAGCCAGACACCACUCAUUUCUCCUGGUGUCCCGAUGGCGAGCAUGUUGUCACGGCAACGUGUUCCCCGCGGCUGCGCGUCUGUAACGGUUAUAAGAUCUGGCACUACACCGGCUCCGUGCUGCACAAAUGGGACGUGGCGGCUGGUUCGGAGCUGUGGGAGGUCCGCUGGCAGCCGUUCCCCGACGGCAGCUUCCCUGAACGUUGCAUCAAGUACCAGGCGGCCCCGAGCGAGCUGGGAACCACGAAGCCCCCCCCCACGCAGGCGUACCGCCCGCCCGCACUGAGACACCUGCCGGCCACGCCCAGCGCCAAACUGCAUGAGGAGGAGCCUCCUCAGAACAUGCGUCCUGGCACUUCGGGGGAGAAAAGUCUUUCUAAAUCAGCUCAAAAGAACCAGAGGAAACGAGAGGCCAGGAAAACAGCUAAACAGGAGGCCAAAUCUGAACCUGGUCCUCCAUCUGACCCCACCCCCAUCAGCCACAGCCAGUCAGAGCCAAGCAGCGGUGACCCGGAGAUUGACAAGAAGAUAAAGAAUUUAAAGAAGAAACUUAAAGCUAUCGAGGAGCUGAAGGAUCAACAGGUGUCCGGAAAAGUCCUGCAGAAGAACCAGCUGGAGAAGAUGCAGAAGGAGGCUCAGCUGCUGAAGGAGCUGGAGGAGCUGCAGAUUGGACAGUAGGGGGUGCUGCAGGAGCUACAGGCCCCGCCUCCACACCCCCAAUGCACCACACACACACACUCACACACACACACACACACACACACACACACACACACACUCUACAGAGAGGUCCUGUGUCUCUUCCAAAGACUCAGGGCCACAACUGUUUUCCUGCCCCCUCCCCCCCCUGAAAAGAUGGGCUUUCUGGGAGGGGGCGGGGCAUGCCUCAUGCAGUCAUUAACCGAUUGGAUACCCGGCUUCUGUUUUCAUUCACCUGCUUGUUGCUCAGAGCAUCAGUCCAUUCCUGUCUUUGGAGGCUGCUGAGAGGAAUUCUAGGAAAUGAAGAAAGAAGAUAAAAAAAAUGAAAUGUGUGUGUGUGUGUGUGUGUGUGUGUGUGUGUGUGUGAGAGUGUGUGAGAGAGAGAGAGAGAGAGAGAGAGAGAGAGAGAGAGAGAGAGAGAGAGAGAGAGAGAGAGAGAGACCAGUCCAUUGGAGCUCUGUUGCUAUGCAACAUCUGUACAGAUGCUGAAGCCUUUGCUAGUGAUCCUUUCAGAAUAAAAGCCUCGUCUCCACAGUGCCCAGCAUGUACCAACAGGUUUGAAUGAAACUCUAAUAAACGCUUUGGUAUUGAGUCACAUUCAGUUAUUUACAUGUUUGUUCAGCACAGAAUGCAAAUAUGGGUCAGCUAGAAUGAACAACUGGAGCUUUCAGCCACAUUUUAUGGUCCUCAUCCACAAACAGAGAUUCCUCUUGCUAGUCACAUGAUAACAGGAUGUGAUGAAGAUGAUAAUGACAACUGGACAAAGCAUUGAUGAAGACCAAGAUACAGCUGAAAGCUCCAGAACGAAGAAGUGGACUCAAAUUAAAAAAGUGGAGAAUGAACUUGAACUCAGUAACUAAUGUUUGUUUUAAAAACAUGUAACUGCAGUCAAUCAAUCAAUCAUCUAUGAUUUAAGUUUUAAAUCAUUAUAAACAAAAUAUCUCUGAGACGUUCACUCCAGUGUUUC